CAAACUAUUUGAAGAACGACUGUAGGCUACUUCAUAUUUAUUUUUGCGCGUGUCCACGUCGUAUAUUAAGAACAUGAUGUCUUAGUACAUAACACUGACAUGAGCAAGGGAGGGGCUGCUGCUGCAAAACACACUGAUAGAAUGAAUGCAAAGAGCCAAAAGAACACUUCCUGUUGAUGCAAAAAUUGCAGCAGCAACUGUCUGACACAUCUGGACUGGAGAGGGGGGGAGGCCUGGCUGUAGUGUUAGCGAACUACUGAGUGGAAUGGACAACGUUUAAUGCUAAUCUGCAAGACGGCAGCCGACAAACUGGAGAAACAUAUCCAAGAAAUGGACGACGGCAGCUACAUCGAGUUCGAUGUGCCGGAGUUCAGUAACACUGUUCUGACCCAGCUCAAUGAGCUGCGGCUGCAAGGGAAGCUGUGUGACAUAAUUGUUCACAUUCAGGGCCAGCCAUUUCGAGCCCACAAGGCCGUGCUGGCAGCUAGUUCACCCUACUUUCGUGACCACUCAGCUCUCAGCACCAUGAGCGGCCUUUCCAUCUCGGUCAUCAAAAGCCCCGUGGUGUUUGAGCAGCUUCUGGCGUUCUGCUACACGGGUCACAUGUCCCUGCAGCUCAAGGAUAUUAUCAGUUUCCUCACUGCUGCCAGCUUUCUGCAGAUGCAAGCCAUCAUUGACAAGUGUACCCAAAUCCUGGAGAGCAUCCACUCCAAGAUCAGCCUCCCUGUUAGUGUCUGCAGCCCGGAGAAGGACAACUCGCAGACCGGCGGCAACGGGGUCAAUGACAGCAACCUCUUUGUAAACCCUACCCAGAUCUCCCCCCCUUACUACUCCCGGCAGAGUCAGGCAGGACACGAGGCGCGCUUUGAGCUGGCAGGGAAAGGCCUAGGCCGGGGGCGACAGCAGCAAGAGGAAGGCCAGUCGGAACGAGGCAGUAGCGACAGUGUGUCGGAGCUUGACGCUCCCAUGGAUGGAGAAACGGAGCAAGUGGAACUGAUCGGCAAAGAUGGGCAAGUAACCGACGUGCACGUGAAGCUGGAGAAGACCGACAGGCCCACGUACUCCGACAGCUCCUCAGCCGGUGACGACGGCUACCACACGGAGUUGGUGGACGGAGAACAGGUAUUGGCUGUCAGCGUGGGCUCCUAUGGUCCGGUCAUCCAGUCUGCUGCCUAUUCGUACUCAGGGCUGUCCUCGCCGUGCUUUGUCAACCUUACCAACUCCAGUCCUUCCCGCUCCAUGCUCAGUGGCUACAGAGGUGGGCGAGCCAGGGCAAAGCGACCCCUGGCCAUCCCAGCGGCAGUGCUGAGUCAUAUCAAACCAGGCUCGGAUGACGGCGAAUCAGCAGUGGGACCCGCGGGGCUGGAGAACGACGUGCGCGAGCGUAGCCUGCGGAGCCAGUGGUACCCCUACAACGAGAGACUCAUUUGCAUCUACUGUGGAAAGACCUUCAAUCAGAAAGGGAGCCUGGAUCGCCACAUGCGCCUGCACAUGGGAAUCACCCCAUUUGUUUGUAAAUUCUGUGGCAAGAAGUACACAAGGAAAGACCAGCUGGAGUACCACAUCCGUGGCCACACGGACAACAAGCCCUUCCACUGUCAGAUCUGUGGCAAGUGCUUCCCGUUUCAGGGCACCCUUAACCAGCACCUGAGGAAGAAGCACAUGGGAGCAUCAGAGGGCAGUAAUCACAUAGACUCUCCAGAGACGACGGAGGGGAACUCAGGUCAGAAGGACCAAGAGGAUACGUCCGAGGGGAUGGCCUUUGAGGCACAAUAUGCAGAAGAGGCACCAGCCAAUGAUAUGGAGGAGAGUUCAAAAUGCAGUCCAGAGGAGGCCCAAGCAUCAAGAUGUGAUUUGUAGGUCCUGCUUCAGGUUAAAGAAGCUUUAAGAAAUGUUUAUCUUAACUCAACUUAUAGGACUUUUUUUUUUCCUUUUUUUCUUUUUGAAUCCGCUCCCUCUACUAUAGACAUUUCCUGCGUCAAGGGAUUCUGUCAAUUUUGUGAAAGUUAGAUGUUGAAUGCGGAGAGCAAAUGGGUGCUUUAUAGAAAUUUGAUUAUUUCAAGCAAAGGGAGUAACAACUUACUAUUUUUCGGGAGGUCCCAGUAAUCAAGACCCCCUCGUUGAUUUCUCUUUAUAUCUUUCCAUGUUUUUUAAAACAUAUUUACAGAGUUAUAUAGGCAUGUUGCAAUAAUUGAUAAUGUGAAAGCUCUGGUAAGAUGCUUGUCAUAUCACCUUUUUACCUGACCUGUUUUUGCACAUGUGGCCACAGGAGGUCACUUACUCACAAGGAAUUAUUUUUUCUGCCAGUGCAAAGCUUCGUGUGACAUAUCCGUUCAAUACCUCAUGAAUGCAACUACAUACUCAUAACAGACAGUAUUUAACUUAAAUGAAACUCACCAGGUUCUACCUCAUAGCCAAGAACCUACCAGGCACAGACGUGUUCACCGUUUUGAAAUCCGUUUUUAGGUUGUAUGUACAGUAUCUUAUUGCCAAACCCUGUAAAGAAUAUUCUCUCAACAUAAAGCCUUGAUACUUAGGGGGAACUAUUCCUUGCUGAUUGUAUGGAUUAAGGACGUAGUCCUUGUCAAAUGUUUCUCGGUCAGCCAGGUUAAAGUGAUUUUAAGAAGGUGCUAUGUAAGGAGUACAUUCAAUUUGCUAGCUUUCUUGUGUGUUUUUUUUUUUGUUGGCAAAAUGCGGACAAUAGAGACAGAAAAUGGCCCUGCAUAUUUUUCAAGAUAUUUUGCCGUCUGAUAAUGUUUGUUCUACAAAACACUUAAGAAUUGUAUCUCUCAUCACUACUGGAGAGCUCACUCUGUUGACGUGGGUUAAGAUGCUGUCAUCUAUGUAAUGGGUGAAUUACGUCCAUACAGUGAAGUCACUCGUAAUUCCUUCAUACUCUGGUGGAGACGUAUGCUGAAUUAUUGUUGUAUGUGUAAAUUGUUUUGUCUCCUGAGGUAGGCCUCUUAGGUUAGGUUAAUACUCCGCGUCUGACGGAGACAGGAGGAACAGCUGUUCACACAAAUCAGUAUGGUAUACUAGUCUGAAUAAUAUGCAAAACAGAAAGAACAAAGGAAUCUCAGCCAUUUUGACAUGGUUUUUCUUCCAUUAUUUGAAAGAGCUAUCGACAUGUGUCCUUUUUUCUUUCCUUCCCUCUGUCCUUCCUUUGAGGACGGGACGGUUGAUCUGUGAUCUUUGUUCUCUGCGUUGGUCGGGGUCUUAAUUCUGAUGCUGCAGCAGCGGCGGUGUCAGGGUAGUACUAGCUUCACAGCGGUGAUUUUUCCUCUAAGUGAAAAUGUUGCGAACUUUUGAUGAGCCUCUGCAAUCCCAUGAAUACUAUUGGCCAACAUAUUGUAUCUAUAUAGUGUUUGAACCACGGGGAUCAGGGAUGGGGGUGUUGUUACUAUAUAGAGACUUGGGUUAUUUUCCAUAGAUAUUUAAACAUACACAGAUUACAAAUACAUAAAAGGCACUUAGAAGGCCCCUCUUGCGCUCUCCUGCUUUCUUAUUUGCCAGCCAGCUGUUUAAUUAAGCAGUUAUAUAGAUUUUUGAGGAGCACCUGCUAUAUGCUUUUAUUUGGUCCACCCUGAAUUUGUGUCAAUGAAUUAGGUUUGAUUAUUUCACAGUUUCCAUAUAAUCUUUCUACUUUGUUGUUUGUUUUUUUUUGGUAGGAGAAUAUUGUGUUUUGUCGCUUAUGUCCAAUGUCAAGAGUGUAGUCGUUUUUUCUUUUAAAUUCUACUGAAUGUGCGGUCAUCGUCUUCACUCAUUGACCGUUAAGAUAGCAAACCAAAAUGUAGGGAAUUUUGCAAAAACUCGGUAUAGCUAGCGUUUGGUUGUCUUAGUGUGUAUGGAUGUAUCACAGACGCUUUUGGUCAUCACACCCACAGUCUGCAAACCUGUACAGUACUUUUUAGACGAUUGUUUGCUACGUCGAGUUUCUUUCUGUCGACCGCAGAUGUGAUGUGCAGGUUUUUUCCAGCUGAUCUGACCUCACCAAAAUACAGUCGCCGACUAAUUUCAAUCUGCCUACGAUUCUUGCCCUACACCUCGGGGGGAAAAAAAGAGAGGAGGAAAUGCAUACCUUCUUGCCCGUAUUGUUUUGUGAGUAAUGGGUACAAACUGCUAAAACUAUUUUGUGCCGAGAGUUCACGCCAAAGACUAAUAGGUGAUUUUUGACCGUCAAUUGUGACUGUACUGCAUAAUUGAAUUCUCAUGAAGAAUAGGUUCUUAAUUUAAUGUAGGACUGGUUCUUUUUGAUUUGCAAAGAAUGUACGUUUCCCAGCUCAUAACAAUCACUUUGUGUCAAAUUUAAACAAUUUGCUGAGACGACGUUACGCAGCGAAAGUCAUAAGUAACAAUAUAUCAAGCCAUACAAAAGCUGAAAAUAUAAAAGUUGUGCAAUAGGUAUUGUAAUUGUUUAUAGCCAAUGUAAACAAAAGAGAGAAUACUUCACAAAAAGUGGCAUCUUUAACUUAGUGCCUUGCCACAAGCUUUACAUUUUAGAUUCUGGCACUUAGAUUCCUGUGCCUCUUUCAUUUUGUAAAGGAUUGAAUUGAGAGAUUAUAAUAGAAUAUGGCCACACCAUUUAUUGUCAAGUGGUACCGAGAAUGAAAAGAAAUGGACACGUCAUUCUUGUCCAAGGUUUUUUUGUUUUUUCAGUCUAAGUCCUGCCCCCUGUUUUCGCUUUUUAUUGUUUGACGGGCAACUGAUUUCAAGUUCUAACUGAUGUUGUAGCAAUUGAUUACAGUCUGCAAGCCGUUGCCCAAUGUUCAGAGACCGUACUGUAUCCCCCCCUCUCUAACCACCGAGGACAAUCUUAACAAUGUACCGUAGUGUUAGGCAUUUCAACGAAGGAAGGAGACGCAUAAGAAACACAAAUCUAUUUCCUCUCUGUUCUCUCUGAACAUCUGGCAAGGGACCAGCUGCUUGGGUAUUUAGCAGAUAAUAAACUGAAUAUUUGUGGAGGGAAAAAUAAGCUAACCCUCAUAUACUGUAGCUGAAUUGCACGUUGCUCAACCUCAAAAUUGUAUGAAAUUGCCAGUGGAUCUUUUUUUUUUUUUUUAACACUUGAGUUUUCUUGUAUUUGUAUCAUCGAUUGUGCACUUACAGUUUUAUGUUAUUAGUAAAUACCAAUUCCAUCCGUGAAGUCCUGUCUAUCUCUGUAGUUACCCUUGAGGGACUCCGCUAAAACGGCAUGAAUCACUUUGGUAGGGACCUUUCCCCCUUAAAUGGUGCUUUUAGACUAGUCAGAUUCUCUCUUUUCUUUUUUUUUUCUUUUUUUUAAUUCAUCAAUCAAGUCCAUGUAAUCAUCAUAGGUGAAUGGAGGGGAAAUUGUUUAAAUGCUUUUCCAUAACUAUAGUUACUUAACGUGAUACACACUUACAGAACCAACUGAACUUUGACACACACGAACACACUCAAAUCGACUCUUCGUCAACUCUUAGUUCCACACACCUCUGAGAGGAACAGGAGAUUGUGGGCCACAAGUAAUCAAAAGGAAGUGUUUACAGGGAAGGCUGUCAGACUACUUUUUGAAAUUGCAGCUCGUCCUAUUCUUUUUAUAAUAAAACUCACUUCAGGUAGUUUACAAACACUGAUACAGGCUUAGAAAAAAAAAAGAAAAUCUUAAGUCUUCCAUAGCUUUUCUGUCAGUUUCUGUCCACUGUGUAAUAUAAGAAAAAAAGCAAUAACCUUUUUAAAAGUGUAUUGGGAUCAUCAAGCCUAUUGAAAUAUUGGCCUGUCAUAUCAAACAAACUGAAUGUCAGGGAGCUGUUGAAUUGAAGUAGGACCAGGACAAUUUGAUAUUGAUUUAUUUUUUAUAUAUUUUCUGAAACUUUGGA